AUGACGUCGUCGAUUAGUCAAUCGACACUGAAGCAGUACGAGUGCAAUUGGAGAUACUGGUGGGAAUACACGCAUGCAAGGGGAAUAGAUACAUUCAAUGCGAAGUCAGCAGAUAUUAUAAUCUUCUUAAAUAAGUGUUUCAAGGAUGGUGCAAAGUACAGUACACUGAACACUGCGCGUUCUGCAAUUUCGUUAAUAUCAGCAUAUGACAUUAAUGAGGAUGGAUUGAUUGCGCGUUUCUUUAAGGGAGUUUUGAAAGAACGCUCAACAAAACCAAAAUACUCCACAGCACGGGAUGUCACUCCUGUACUGAGCUUCAUGGAAGGAAUGCAUCCACUCAGACGACUGAAGUUAAAAGAGGCAGCUGAAAAGGUGGCAACUUUAUUAGCUAUAACAACGGCGCAGAGGCUCCAGACACUAGCUUCGAUAAACAUUGAUAAUAUAAUAAAAUCAGAAACAGGAAUAAGUGUUAAAAUAACUGAUCAGAUAAAAACGUCAAAGCCAGGUGCCUGGCAACCGGAGUUGAUUCUGCCAUUUUUCAAGGAAACGCCAGCCCUGUGUGUAGCUUCUGCCGUUUCAGAUUACAUGGAUUGCGCCCAAAAGCUGAGGGAUAAAAAUGUCAAAAAUUUAUUUCUUGCAACAGUAAAACCCUUUGGGGCGGCUUCAUCGCAAACAAUUGGCCAUUGGGUGAAAACAUUAUUAGGAAAAGUGGGUGUGGAUACUCAAACAUUCACAGCAUAUACUACACGUCACGCAGCAGUAUCUACUGCCCAUAAACGACGCGUUGAUAUUACGGUUAUAAGGCGUUGCGCCGGAUGGACGCCAAGCUCCCAAAUGUUUUUUAAAUUUUAUAACAAACCCAUCCAGUGUUCCAAUGAGCAAUUUGCGCAGACAAUACUGAAUAAGUAA